GGUUCGUUGACGGUCACCGGUGGUGAACGGAACAGCGGUCCGGUCACCGCAACAGCAGGCUUUGAUCUCCUCUUUCCUCGCGCUCCAAAUUAAUACUCGCCACACGAAAAUAUCGCCUCGGCACAGCGACCGCCUCGUCCUCCCGUCGGUGGCGGUGAUACCCAGCGCACCACCACCACCACCUAAUGGCCGGAGCGGCGUUGGCGGCGUCGUCGGCGGAGGAGGGCCGAGGAGGAUGGAGCAGGGAGGACGACAAGGCCUUCGAGAACGCCCUGGCGACGAUAGCCCCGCCGCCGAAGGAGGAGGAGGAGGAGGAGGGGGGCUCGGAGGGUGGCGAAAGCGGUGGCGGUGACUGGUGGGAGUUGAUCGCGGCUAGAGUCCCGGGAAAGACGGCGGCGGAGGUGAGGCGGCACUACGAGGCGCUGGUGGAGGACGUGAAUGCGAUCGAGGCCGGACGGGUCCCCGUCCCCCGCUACGUCGGGGAGGAGGCGCCCUCGGGUUCGACUCCUACAGCGGUCACGCAUUCAUCCAAGGAGAAGCAGCCACAGCAUCACCAAGAUCAUAACAGCCACCACGGAUCGGCCGAUAGGAAGAGAGGAGGGUUUGAGAUUGGGGGGCAGGGCAAGAGCUGUUCCAAGGCGGAGCAAGAGCGACGCAAAGGAAUCCCUUGGACUGAAGAAGAGCACAGGCUUUUCCUUCUUGGCCUUGACAAGUUUGGAAAGGGUGACUGGAGGAGCAUAUCGAGGAAUUUUGUCAUCUCAAGGACUCCUACCCAAGUUGCAAGCCAUGCUCAAAAAUACUUCAUUCGCCUAAAUUCUAUGAACAGAGAUCGCCGGAGAUCAAGUAUCCAUGACAUCACAAGCGUGAAUGGUGUUGAUGUGUCCUCUCCACAGGGGCCUAUAACUGGUCAGGCCAAUUCAAAUCCCGUGGCUGUUGGAUCAACUAUGAAACAUCCUUCACAGGCAAAUGUGCCAGGGGUAGCCAUGUAUGGGCCACCCGUCGGUCACCCUGUUACCGGCCAUGUGGUUUCAGCAGUUGGUACUCCGGUUAUGCUUCCUCAUGGUCAUGCUCCUUAUGUCAUGCCAGUUGCAUAUCCUGUGCCUCCGCCUUCGAUGCAUCCGUAGCCCUUUAACUCCUAUUGAAGUUUAGCUUCUGACUAGGUUCUAAAUGUCGAUUGAGUUUAAGAAAUAAGUGCCAAAAAAUAUAUGGGAGGUUCUGGGUUUUUCUGGUGCAGUGGGUACCCAGCAAUUGUUCACUUGUGAAGAUGCUUGCAUGAUCAAAGCCCUUUUCACUUGCGCUCUGGGAGAUAACGAUCCUUAUCUAUAUGUAUUUGUAUAUUUGUCAGAUGGAUGUCUGCCAACUCUACUUUGAUGUAGUGCUGUCUACAGCCAAGACAUGUUAUUGGGACUACUACUUACAUUGACCUUUUGGAUACUAUGCCUUUUAGUUGCA